AUCAUGAUUUUGGAAGGAAGUGGUGUGAUGAAUCUCAAUUCCAGCAACCAUCUUCUCCACCAACAGCCGGCCUGGACUGACAGUUACUCCACGUGCAAUGUUUCUAGUGGGUUUUUUGGAGGCCAGUGGCAUGAAAUUCAUCCCCAGUACUGGACCAAGUACCAGGUGUGGGAAUGGCUCCAACACCUCCUCGAUACCAACCAGCUUGAUGCCAACUGCAUCCCCUUCCAGGAAUUUGACAUCAAUGGGGAACAUUUGUGCAGCAUGACCUUGCAAGAAUUUAGCCGAGCGGCGGGGGCAGCAGGCCAGAUCCUCUAUAACAACCUGCAACAUCUCAAGUGGAAUGGCCUAUGUAGCAGCGACCCGUUUCAGUCCACCCACAAUGUCAUCGUGAAGACAGAGCAAGCAGAUCCUUCCAUCAUGGCCACUUGGAAAGAAGAUAAUUAUUUAUAUGAUGCCAACUAUGGUAGCACAGUAGAAAUGAUGGACAGCAAAACUUUCUGCCGAGCUCAGAUCUCCAUGACAACCACUGGCCACCUCCCGAUUGCAGAUUCACCUGAUCUGAAAAAGGAGCAGGAGCAUCCGGCCAAAUCUCACACCAAAAAACACAACCCUCGAGGGACUCACUUGUGGGAGUUUAUCCGAGACAUUCUGCUGAACCCAGAUAAGAACCCGGGAUUAAUAAAGUGGGAGGACCGGUCUGAGGGCAUCUUCAGGUUCUUGAAGUCGGAGGCAGUGGCUCAGCUCUGGGGGAAGAAAAAAAACAACAGCAGCAUGACCUACGAGAAGCUCAGCCGAGCUAUGAGAUACUAUUACAAACGAGAAAUCCUGGAACGUGUGGAUGGACGGAGACUGGUAUAUAAAUUUGGGAAGAAUGCCCGGGGAUGGAGAGAAAAUGAAAAUUAG